AUAGAGAGAGAGAGAGGAGAGCGAGCGCUUUCUAAGUGCUUUCGGUCCGUUACAGCUGUCACAGUUUGUUCAACAGUGUGAGCAUUUAAUUUUUUUUUUUAUUAUCAUUAUUUUUCCACGGAUAAAUACCAACAUCCAGCCGACAUGGGGAAGGUAGAAGGAGGAAUGAAAUGCGUCAAGUACCUUUUGUUCGUCUUCAACUUUAUAUUCUGGUUAAUGGGCUCAUUUGUUCUGGCGGUGGGACUUUGGCUGCGUUUUGACCCAGAGACUGUUUCUCUUCUCAGUGGCAACAAGGCUCCAGAUACCUUUUUCCUUGGUGUGUACAUACUAAUUGGUGCUGGCAGUCUGAUAAUGCUGGUUGGAUUCUUCGGCUGUUGUGGAGCUGUUAGAGAAUCUCAGUGCCUGCUGGGUUCAUUCUUUGCUUGUCUGCUGAUCAUUUUUGGGGCUGAGGUAGCAGCAGGAGUUUUUGGAUUCUUGAAUAAAGAUAAGAUAAUUGAAGAUGUACAGAACUUCUACACAAAAACAUACAACGAAAACAGCAACGGCACACUGAUCUCGUCCUACCAGAAAGUGUUGAACUGUUGUGGAAGCAAGUCGAGCCCAUGUGCGGAACCUGAAACUAAGGACUGUGAGACAGGAAUCAAAGAGUUUUUCGACAGUAAGCUCUUCAUCAUCGGUUAUGUGGGCAUUGGCAUUGCUGGAGUCAUGAUCAUUGGGAUGAUUUUCAGCAUGGUGCUCUGCUGUGCCAUUCGCAACAGCAGGGAGGUCAUCUAAGUUUCAUCUUCUACGCUCUCCAUCCCCUAAAGCACUUCGGAUAAGAUGUCAGCUUCUGUCACCCAUCCCAGAACACCAAGGCAUAGAAUAGGUUUCUUAAUAUCCUUUCUACCUUGGUGCUCUGCUUCUGUGUUUUUUUUUUUUUUUUUUUUUCUGUUUUGAUACCUAGUCACAACCAAAUAGAAUAAUGGCAUUCGUAACUCUCUGUUAGGACAGUUUAUGUUGACCUGACAAUCUCACAAUUUUCCUCCCAACCAUUUGGACACUGCUAGAGAUUUUAACCCGCAUACUGUCACAGCGGUGUCAGUGCUUUUUCGCACACCCUUGACAUUGACCCCUCGGGCUGUGGGAAACUGGAGCCUUAGAGAGCAACCCUGAGGUUAAAACAGCUGAGUUUGCUUAUGUGUGACACAGAAGCACACGCAUACUAACACGCCAAUGUCAUGCUAUGUGAGACCACAACCAUGGAAAAAAAAAAAAACGGACCACUAAGUCCUGACUGCUGGUGAGACCAAAAUGAGCUGCUUCAAUCCCAAACAGUUCUUUCUUCAAAAAAA